GAGCCUUACCACCUUUUAUUUCCGUUAAAAAUACGAUUAACCGUAUUUUAAAACAAACCAGGCCAAAUAUUCCCAUUAGCAAUGACACAAUUGUAUUGACCACUGAAUUGAUAACAACAUUCAGUGGUGAUAGCUUCUUAAUAAAAAAUAAUAAUAACAAACUUAUUGUAUUUGGGUCUGUCAUGUUAGUCAGUUUAUCUUCCUAUACAAAAUUUAUUUAUAUGGAUGGGACUUUUUACACAUGUCCACGUUUUUUUAGCCAAUUAUAUACUAUACAUAUCAUGUAUAAUCAAACAAUGAUCCCUAUCAUAUAUGCACUUCUUCCAGAUAAAAGGAAGGAGUCCUAUAUUGAGCUAUUUCAAAUAAUCGUGGAAUAUGGGACAUUGAAUGGUAUCCAGUUUUCACCAGAAAUGGCACAAACCGACUAUGAAGCAGGAGCGAUAUCUGCUCUACAAUUUGUAUUUCCCAAUAUUUUAGUAAAGGGCUGCUUCUUCCACUUUACGCAGGCCAUUUGGCGUAAAGUUCAGCAUUUAGGUUUAGUCAAGCAGUAUAAAGAAGAGACUGCUGUAUACACUAUUGUUCGAAGGAUGAGUGUAUUACCUUUAUGCAAGAGAGAGGACAUUCAAGUGGUCCGUGAUUCUUGUGUAGAUCUAGCAGCCAAUGACCCGUUAAUAUUAAGUUUCUUAAUAUAUAUGGAUACUACCUGGAUAAAUCCUGAUGCAAUCUUUCCUCAUCAAAUUUGGACCAGGUAUAAGAUUCAAGGUCCUCGCAGUAAUAAUCAUCUUGAAGGAUAUCACCAUUCCCUCAAGCGAAUGGCAAAAAAUGCUCAUCCGGACAUAUAUUCAUUAAUUCGCGUUUUAAAAGAUAACCAACGCCUGACAGAACUUAAAGUUAUACAAAUCAAUAACGGGGAAAUAGUUACGGAGAAAAAUAAAAAAUAUGUGAUAAUUAAUAAAAAAAUUGUAAACUUAACAGCAUUAUAUGAUAUUACUUCUAAUUUAUUUUUUUUUAUUGAUAAAGUGUCUGAUUUAAUAAAAUCAUAUUAA